AGGCCGCUUAUUUGGCAGCCGGAAGGCCCGCCCACCGCUGUUUCCCUUUCAGCCGGUCCGGAGUCACCUUGGUCCCGGCGGCAAAAGGCCCAAGAUGGCGGACGCGAAGCCUAAGACUUCCCCGAAGUCCAUCAAGUUCCUCUUCGGGGGUUUGGCCGGGAUGGGGGCCACGGUGUUUGUGCAGCCGCUGGACCUGGUGAAGAACCGCAUGCAGCUGAGCGGGGAGGGGGCCAAGACCAAGGAGUACAAGACCAGCUUCCACGCCGUGGGCAGCAUCCUCCGCAACGAGGGCAUCCGGGGCAUCUACACCGGACUGUCUGCCGGCCUCCUGCGCCAGGCCACGUACACCACCACGCGGCUGGGCAUCUACACUAUCCUCUUUGAGAAGCUCACGGGGGCCGACGGCACGCCCCCCAACUUCUUCAUGAAAGCGCUGAUUGGGAUGACGGCGGGCGCCAUCGGGGCCUUCGUGGGCACACCUGCCGAGGUGGCGCUCAUCCGGAUGACGGCGGAUGGAAGGUUGCCUCCGGACCAGCGGAGGGGCUACUCGAACGUCUUCAACGCUCUGGUGCGGAUCACGCGAGAGGAGGGGGUGCCCACCCUCUGGAGGGGUUGCGUGCCCACUAUGGCCAGAGCGGUGGUGGUCAACGCGGCCCAGUUGGCCUCGUACUCCCAGUCCAAGCAGUUCCUCCUCGACUCCGGCUACUUCCACGACAACAUCUUGUGCCACUUCUGUGCCAGCAUGAUCAGCGGCUUGGUCACCACGGCCGCCUCCAUGCCUGUGGACAUCGCCAAGACCAGGAUCCAGAACAUGCGGAUGAUUGACGGGAAGCCAGAGUACCGGAACGGACUGGACGUGCUGCUGAAGGUGGUGCGCUACGAGGGCUUCUUCAGCCUGUGGAAGGGCUUCACCCCGUACUACGCCCGGCUGGGCCCCCACACCGUCCUGACCUUCAUCUUCUUGGAGCAGAUGAACAAGUUCUACAAGAAGUUCUUCCUCAGUGCCUGACCUGGAUUGCGGUGGGGAGGGGGACCCCGCGCUCCGGCACGCGGCACCCCUGCGGUGGGAAGAGGAGCGGCCGGCGUGUGCGUGCGUGCGUGCGUGUGCAUGCGUGUGCGUCUCCGUCCACCGGUGGUGAGUUUGGGUCGUGGUGGAGGAGAGAGAGAGAGACGUUAUUUAUUAGGGCGGGGGCCUUGGAGGGGGCCUCCUGGGCCUCCUGCUGCUGCUGCUGCUGCUUGUGUGGGGGGCUGCCUUGUCCCGAGCCAAACUGCCCCCUCCCCAUUGCAUCUCAAGACGGUGCUCCACUGCCCCCCUUCUCCCCCAACGUCGCUUUCUGCUUAGUAAACCAAUCAUGGUCUCCAUCCGUGUGCCUGCCUUCCACUCAGGAGGAGGAGGAGGAAGAGAGCAGGCCCAGGACCCUCUUGGGAGGAGGGGUCCCACCAGCACAAAUGCGCUCCAGGAUGUUGGGGAAGGGGAGGGGUCUUGUUGUCCAUCUCCUUUGGACCCACGAUUGUAAAAGCAAUAUAAACUGUGAGAAGGAAGCCUCGGAGUGUGUUUUCCCAACGUUUCCUUCUGUCUUACGUCCUGCCUUUCUUCCCGCACGGGACCUCGGGUGGUCACUGAGACGUCGUUGCAACGGAAUUGAAUCACCAUAACAAUAAAAACGCUUCUGUUUUGAAAA